GAGCGAUUUAUUGGGGACCUCAAUCCAGAGGCAGAGCUUCUUGAGGCUUCGAGCCCAGUAAUUGCCAAUCGCAGGCCUCUCACAAACCGCAUCGGGUUAUGGCGACCAGAGGAUUCCCCCGAGCGGAUGGAAUCGGCCACUGGGACCAUGUUUGGCCCUGCAAGCAUUCUCCAUGGAUGCUCUUCGGAGGUCAGAAAAAGCCUUUUGCCUGCUUUGGAGCAGCAGACUGUCUGUGUACGGCCAGAGACCGAGCAUAUGGAAGCGCUGAAGGCAUUUUAUGUUCAGCACAUUCACCCAAUCUUACCCUGCAUAGAUUUGGAUCUCUACCACCGUAGCGCUUCGGACAGCUCAGUUCGUAUUGCUAUGGAACAGGCAAUGUGUCUGCUGGCUGCACCAGAUCCAGCGAUAAGACAUCACUUACGCAUAGCCGAAAGAACCUACAAGGCUCCCGAUUUCAUCCAAGCUAUACUGAGUGCCUUGAGAUUAAGCUUGGAGCUUGCAAUUGUGCCAGAUAUAACGACUGUGAUUCGACUCCUGACAGUGAUGUCUCUCAUGGCGUUCGGUCAACGCAACUUGGAGCUCACAUCGGGGUUCUUUUCGAAGGCUGUGCAUCUCGGAUACACAAUCGGAGUUCAUCAACCAAGAGAUACAGAGCGGGAUCAGAAAGUGGCUGACCUCUUUUGUCUGCUCUGGUCAGUUGACAGGAUGCAUGCUGCUUUCCACGGCCGUCCCAUAUUGAUGCAUGAAUCCGACAUGGCCAAGGAUCCGAUGCAAUGCGCCCAGCACUGCUCACCAGGCUUCCGGACUCUGGUCUUCAUUGCGACCCUGCUCAACAGUGUCAUAUCUCUAUACCGACCUAAUGUUGAGGUGACUGAAAUUUCUGACUCUCACUUUCCGAGUUUCGAAGAGGCCCUCGCUCUUUGCGAGUCGUCUCAGCUUUGCCCGCGUAUGAUUACGACAUUGGAGCUCUUUUACCAUGCUGUCGCAACCCUUUCUGUCCGAAUCCCAUCCCACAUCGAUUCUCGACAUCUUGGCACUCGAAACACGCGCCAAACUGCGUCAGUCUUGCAGAUCGUCUCGAUGAUGGAUGUGGACGCAGUCGACAGCGUCACACUUCUACCUAUCGUGCCGUACGCCGUAUCACUUGCUCUUAGUGCAGCUGUACGUGAUAUGCGUCAUUCUUCAGUGGCGACCAAGCAGGAGCGUGCUCGACAGCAGGUCGACAAAUGCUGCAAGAUUUUGCGACGUCUUGGUCAAAGCUAUUGGUCGGCAAGUUUCACGGCAGAGAUGGCUGUGAAGAUUCUG